AUGGCGUACGACCGGUACAUUGCCAUCUGCAAGCCACUGCAUUAUGAGAUAAUAAUGAACAGAACAGCUUGCAUUAAGAUGGCUGCCAGUGCUUGGGCUGCUGGUGUCAUGUACUCUGCACUACACACUGGGAGCACCUUCAGUCUACCCUUCUGCCACUCAAAUAUCAUCAACCAGUUCUUCUGUGAAAUACCCCAGCUGCUCAAGCUCUCUUGCUCUGACACAUACCACAGAGAGCUGGCAGCUCUUGUCUUCAGUUUGUGUUUAGCUUUAGGCUUUUUUGUUUUCAUCAUUGUGUCGUAUGUUCAGAUCUUCACUGCAGUGUGGAGAAUCCCCUCUGAGCAGGGCCAUCAGAAAGCCUUCUCCACCUGCAUUCCUCACCUUAUCGUGGUCUCCCUGUUUCUUUCCACUGGUGGCAUUGCCUACUUGAAGCCCAUCUCUGACUCCCCAUCCCCUCUGGAUCUCCUGGCAGCUGUUCUGUAUUGUGUGGUGCCUCCAUUGAUGAAUCCGGUCAUCUACAGCAUGAGGAACAGGGAGAGCAGCAGCGUGCAGAGACACGAGGCAGUGGAGGACGACAUUUCAUGGAACAUAGGGCCAGUGCAGGGGGCAGCAGCAAGUGACACAGCCAUGGAAAAAGCAUCUGUUAAAUUCAAACGCCAGAGGCUCCCCAUCAAUGUUGGCAUAGCCAUCGAAAAAAUAGGGGCUACCUGA